AUGUAUAUUUGUUAAUAGAGAAUAGGAAACCAAUAUUAAUUGUUAUUUAUACAGACUUAAACAAUCCUUAUUUUUAUUAUAUUAUAGAGUAAUGAACAUUAUUUUAAUUUACCAAAAAGAAUAGUGAUUUCAACAGUAAAUAAAGAUAAAGAAUGUAUAGAUACUGAAAGAAUAAUAGAUUUUGAGGAGACAAUCGAUAUUAUUUAAUAUAAUUAUUCUGAAGAAUAUGAAUGUUUUUUAUUAUUGUCAGAGGAUAAGAAAGUAUACAAAUGGUCAUCAAAUGAUUCAGAAUUUAGCCAAUAAUUAUAGAGUUAUUAAGAUGAAGAAGGGUUUGUUUUUGAAAAAUAAUUUGAUACAGACUAUUAAAGCUUAAUGUUAUGUGGAUCAGGAAAGUUUUAUUUAUUAUUUAACAAAAAUCAGUAGAUAUAUAUGAUUUUAAUAAUACAAAAAUUUCAUCAAUAUAAUUUAGAUAAAUAUACUAAAUAGAUCAAAUAUUCAUAUUUAGUGAUCAAUAUGAUUGUUUUAUAUUUUUGAUGAAGAAUCAAGAAGAGUAAGAACUAUCUUAAUUGGAAAAUUUUAAUAAGAAGAGUAAAUUAACGAGUAAUUAAAAUUAUCAUGUUCAAUCUUAAAAUUUUAUUUUGGACUCAAUAAAAUCAUCUUUUAUAGUAUAUGGUAAAAAUGCAAUUAUGUUGGGUGUUGUGUAAGAUUUAAGUAGGUUUUAUUGUUCUUAAGAAUGUGGUGAAAUAAUAAAAGAUUGUUUCUACAAAAUUUAAUUAUAGAAAUAUUCAGUUCUAUAUAUAUAUAAGAAGUAUUUGCGAUAGUAGGUGUGAAUUCUAGAGUAUUAUUGAAUGUAUUGUCAUCUAGAGUACCAAUAUAAUUAUGUACAUAGUUAACUAUUUAAAAGUAAACUUAUGAUUUUGGUAAGAGACAUAUAUCAAGCUACCAGAAGAAUAAGCCCAGGAACAAAAAUAAUAGCCGCAAAAUAAUUAUGUGUAAGAAGUAAUCAGGAGGAAAGCGAUAAGAAAGAGCAAGUUUGCAGAGGAGAAGCAAUUCAAGUGUGAACUCUGUGACUUGAGUUACCACUUUCGAUAAGGAUUACAUAGACACAAGUAAUCAGUGUUUCAUAAGAGAUGAGAAUAACAUCAUUGAGAAUUGAGAUUAUUCUGUACAUAUGAAUGUAGUUCAUAAAAUGCCUAAUAAGAAUUGGAUGGACAAUUAGAUUCAAUUAUUAAUUCAUCCAAUAAUGAAUUGUUUAAAUAAUUAUUGAAGAAUGGAGUGAGUGCUUAACUUAUGAGUUAUUUUGAAUUAGAAUAAUUUGAUAAGGAUGUUAUUUAAAUUAGAGAAUAAAUUCUUGAAAAUGCAAAGAAUACAUUCAGAUGGUAAGAAGCAUAAUCAUUAUUUACAUCUUUGAAAAUUACAUUAUUAUCAGUUAAAGAAAUUAGGAAUGUUUAAGAUUAUGAAUUGAAUUAUUAAAUACAUAAUUUGAAAUUAUAGUCAAAUAUUUAUUGGUUAGAAUUACCAAAAGAAGCAAUUAACAAAGAAGAUCAUAUUAAAAUAUCAUAAUAAAUUAUAUUAACUUAAACAUAUAAGAUAAUUUUAGUUUAUUAUUACAAUAAGCAUUAAAUAUAGUUAGAGUACAUUUUAAAUAAGAAACAUGUUUUAUGUAAAAAUUUACAAAAGUAGAUAAACUGA